AAUAAUUUUCUUGUUCAUCUCUAAACGAACAACAACCUUGUAAGAACAUGCCUCUCCGAUCUUAACGGUCACUUUCUCCGCCACGAACUCGUCCACUCACCCACCACCAAAAAUGGCCGAGUCACCCUCUCAAGACGUUGCUACAAAUACCACUGUCCCGAUUGAGAUCGUGAGUGAAGAAGAAAUGGCUUUUCUCGAAGCAGCUUUAGCAGCAACUCGCUCUUCUUCUUGCAUCAUCCCUGCCAUUUUGUCUCCUUCUCGUUCCCUUUUGUUUCAAGAAAAUGCCAGGUCAAUCAGGACAAUCACUUCCCUGUCCAAAAGAAGGUUAAUUCAGUCUGAUAUUGAAGAUUUAGGUGAUUCCAAAAGCACCCAGAAGAAGAAUAGAGCGGCUGAUUCUUUUUAUCUCAAGUUCAGAAAGAAAAAUGGGCUGUCUGUAACUGAUAUUACUUCUACGGAAUGGUGUCAAAAACAAAUGGAGCUUGUACUCCAAUAUGGAAAAAAGAAAAUGACUAAACCUAUGAAAGCAGGCCAUGAUCGCCAUGUCAAAUUGGAAGAAGAGGUUGUUAAGAAAGUUAGAGUUAUUAUUAGUUCUGCAGAAGAUGCAUGGGCUUUGAAGUUUCUAAAUUUCAUAACUGGUGCCAAUCAAUUAUUGUUUGAAGGACUAACACGUGAGAUUCCAGUAGUGGGCUAUUUAGAAGGGGUGUGGAUUGUCGGAAUAAUUGAUGAGAUCCGAAUACCGGAAGGAGAAAAUAAAAAUCCAUUGCUAGUGGACACAAAAACUCGUAAGCGAGACACCCUUCCGGCUGAACCACAAAAAAGAAAUGGAAGGCUACAAUUAAUGUGCUAUAAGAAGUUGUGGGACAAUUUAGUUGCUGAUAAAUUUCCCUUCAAAAGUUUUUUCGAGUUCUUUUCCUUGGACCCGCACUAUGUGUUGUCUAAAGAAAUCAGAGAGAACACUGCUAAUGCAGGCAUCCCAGCAGAGACACUUGAUGAGAUAGUGAGGUACUUCAGAACUACAUGCAAAACGCUGCUUCCUGCAGACAAUGAGAUGUUAUUGAGAUACGAGUGGCAAAAUGAUUACUCUGUGAUUGGCGAAGAUCUAUUUGCAUAUGAUCCCGAUUGGCUCAAUAGUCAAAUUCAUGAAUGUCUUGAAUUCUGGUUGGGUGAACGAGAAGCCAGUUUCGUUCCGGAGGAAGAGAGAUGGAAAUGCCACCAUUGUCAAUAUGCUUCGAAGUGCCCUUUGAACGAUGUCUCUGCAACAUCAAGCUCUGCAGAAAGCAUUAGCCUGAUAAGCAGUCAGAGCUAGAAGAAUAAAAAAUAUUAAUUUCUAUUCUUAAAGGUUGUUCAAGUCAACCUACUCAACAUUUGUUGAGCACUUGAUAUGCAAAUGCAAGUUCCUGAUAAGAAGCUGCAUAGUUGCAUACAAGUUUCUUCUGUGUAUCAUGUAUAUAGCUGUUUUAACCAUAUUUAUUGCCAAUUUUGCUGUAAUAAUUUAUCAUUCAUUGUUGUAAAAUUGAUUUGUUAAAUAAAAUCAGUAUUUAUAUCA